GAAUUACUUUUUAAAAAAUAAAGUCUCUGUUUUUAACCCUUUCUUCCCCACUCCAUGAUUGUGGGAGGCAAGAGAAAAUAACUUGAAGGGAAAAGUGAAGAAGUGCAGUCCUCUGUAAGGAAGACAAGGCUGGAGCCAAACUGUAAGCUGAGACUGCUUCUUUCACCUCUUUGCUUAAGUGUGGGAAUUUAAAAGAAAUAAGAAAGUUCCUCUUUCAAUGUGUCUGGAACUUUUGGGGCUCAGAAUCGAUAUGGAUUUCAGAUUGAUCUUCAUGUCUCUUUGGUACCUGCCUCUCAUCAGCACUGAGGGGGACCCCAUCCCAGAAGACAUUUACAAGAUAAUGAGUGACAGCUUGGUGCGCUCCCUGAGUGACCUCCAGCGUGCCCUGCAGAUAGACUCCGUAGAAGAGGAUGGCUCCAAUUUGGACCUGAACUCAACCCAAGCCCAUCUUGGUCAAAACUUGUCUCGAGGGAAACGAAGUCUAAUGGCAGAUGCUGAGCCAGCAGUACUUGCAGAGUGCAAGACACGGACAGAGGUCUUUGAAAUCACCCGGAGCAUGGUAGAUUCCACCAAUGCCAACUUUGUGGUGUGGCCACCCUGCGUGGAGGUGCAGCGGUGUUCAGGGUGCUGCAACAAUCGCAAUGUUCAGUGUCGUCCCACGCUGGUCCGUGUGCGGCACGUUCAGGUAAACAAGAUUGGAUUUAUCCAGAAGAAGGCCACCUUUAAAAAAGCCAUUGUGCCCUUGGAGGAUCACCUGGAGUGCCGAUGUGAGGCACUGGUAUCUCAGCCCUCCAGUCGCAGUUCACGUGAGCACAGAGGUGCAUCACCAUCGAUCACUGCGGCUCCUGUUUCGAGGAAACAACGAGUGCACCGGCUGCCAGCUCAAAAGAGAAAACAUCGGAAGUUCAAGCAUGUCCAUGAUAAGAAAGUGCUGAAGGAAAUCCUCAGAACAUAGAGGUGCAAGGCAGGUAUAUUUAAUAUACAGUAAAACCUGCAUUAGAGAUCACCUCUGAAGAGAGGCAACCUGCCACGGACAACUACUUGCAGAGGCCCCGGAACACCACUGCUCUCUGUUGUGCGAACCUUUGAAGAGAGACCACCUCUUACUAAGUGACCACUUUUGCUAGCUCCCAUGAAUGGUCAUUCUUGGCAGGUUUUAUUGUAUUUGCUGUAUUGCCCCCAUGGGGCCCUUAGAAUGAUAACUCUUCCUCUCUGUCGAUCCGUCUCAAUGCCUGAGUCGGGCGGCAAAUGGUGCUUCCCUUUCCAUGGCUGGACUUUCUCCCUCCAUUUUCCUCUCUUCAUUUAUGAACAGCAUUUUAAAGUUUUCCAAAAAGAGAGAGAAAAAAACCCCAAAACCCCACGUGCAACUGGAACAGGACAAUGCCUUUUCUGCUGUAGAGAA